CUAUCGAUGAAACCGCAUCGGGCCAGGCUGACGUAACGAGCAAUCCAUCGUCGGUUGGCCAGUCAAGCAUAGCCGAAGAUAAUAGCAAAAGUCUUUCACGAGGUAUUCCACGACCAUGCCUGUCAGGAAACCACACAGCAAGUCUCGCUACGGGUGCGAUCAAUGUCGGAAACGACGCGUCAAGUGUGACGAGCAGCCGCCUCGAUGUAACAAUUGCAUCACUCGGGGCGAAUCUUGCCAUUUCUCGAGAGUCGCUCCAGCAAAGGCACGAUUAACACCCCAAGCAACACCGUCCCCGUCAUCCGAUACCACCAAUCUUGAGCCUGAGACGAGAGCAAGUGAUGCCACCAAGGACCGGUCUCUCCAGCAAAGUAACCACAGGCUGAACUCUGAAAUUAUCAGAUCAAGGGAACUUUUACUCAUGCAUCAAUGGUGUUGUUAUACUUACAAAUGCACUAGCCCCGAGUGGCAUCAAGUCCUCAAAGAAUAUGUGGGCCGGCGAUCGAUCGAGUGCGACUACCUAAUGGCAGCUGUUUACGGCUUCACAUCUCUCCACCUGGCAGCGGAUGCCUUGGAAGAAGAGCUCAGGGACUUGCCAAGUGCCCGUGAAUACGUGGGCAUAGGUGUGGAAUAUCACGUCAGAGCUCUCAACGGCCUACGGGCCGCUCUGGGGAACAUCUCCUCCGAAAACGCCUCGUGCGUUUUGUUCGCCUCCAUACUCGUUGCCGCCUUUGCAGUCGUUUCUUCAAUGCUACCGAUGGGUCCGCACGAUGAAACCCGCUCAGCUGCUCUGGCUCUGCUUCCCUUGGUUGACCACAUCAAGUCCAUCGAAUUUGUCAAAACCCAGACCAUACCGUUCCUACAUGGGACCGACAUAGGCAAAUACAUUGAUAAAAACUACCGUAGUCCACAGCACGACCGUGAGUUGUGUAUUGAUGAAUUGCGACGACUUCUCGACCUCGGUCCGCCGACCGAGCGCCACAGCGUGUACGAGAAGGCGAUUUUGGAGCUUGAGAAAGCCACUCGGAUAGACGACCGCGUCGCCGACUGGAUUGCUGAUGUCGGUUCAGAGUAUCUGGAAGCGCUGCGAGAAGAAGAGCCAAUCGCGCGUGCCAUUUAUAUGCAUUGGGGCGUGAUGCUGGACAAGUUGCAAGGAAACUGGUGGGCCAAGUUCGUGGGUCGUCGCCUCGUAGGGGAGUUAUCGGCUGCACUUGAGGAUGAGGGUCCAGAAUGGAGGUCGAUCAUGUUCUGGUGCAGAAAAGAGGUCGGACUGCCAGUGUAG